GGUCGAUCUAAAGAAACAACCACUGUUCCAAAUAAGCCCAUACCUACAGGAUAUAAGGUCUGGGGGGCAGCCCAGAGGGGGUUCUUACUCGUAUGGAACUGGCAUAUUCCUGGUCAAAAAAAUGGCCCUGUGGGAGUACGUACUCCACGAGCGCUUGGUGGGAUAAUUAAGGCUGGAAACGGAGGAAACAAGACACAAGCAGUAGUCCUGCACUUGAUUCAAAGGUUACCUGAGCCUCCUAAGGGCUCUGGCUAUUACGUAUACCUUGAUAAUCUCUUUGUUUCUACUCGUUUUGUCUAA